CCAAGUUGAGAUUGCACAACCUGGGCAAUACCGAAGAAAACGACCUCAAGUUGAAUGUAUGCAAGGAUCAAAAAGGGUUGUGGACAAUGCACACCGCCAUCCACCGAGAUCGUUUGUAUGACAUCAUGCCCCACCCCCGGUUUCGACCCCGCAGAGGAUCCUCGACGUCGCCAAGGUCGCAACCCUAAUUGCAAUCACCAUGUCUGAUCCCAAAUCCUCAGACUACAUGAACGGCUCCUGUUUCUGCGGCCUUAUUAAAUGGAAGGCCGACGUCUCGAAGAUCACACUCUCCGCCUACUGCCACUGCACAUUCUGUCAACGAACCACCGGCGGCCCUUACGUUCACACCACGCACCAUCCCUCCUCCUCCAUCUCCUUCACCGGUCUUGAGCACGCUCAAUCAUCCGAAUGGAAGCCUAGAAAACACAAGAAGCGCUGUGGGGAGUGCGGUGCGCCGUUUGCUUCUUACUCAAUGGAUCGGGAAAACUGGAGUGUGUGGAGUAGUGGGUGGCAACGGGAUCACGAUGGGAUGAUCAUUGGUUGGGAACGGAUCCGGCCUACAUGUCAUCAGUUUGCGGGGACGAUGCAGAUGAGUGUGAAGGAGUUGGGAGAAUUACCGGUUUAUGAGGGGUAUGAGGGGAAGAGUAAGCGGUUGGACCAGAAUUGACAAGUAGUUGUAUGAAGAGGAUAUGUGAUAAAACUAACAAU